UUCAAACAAUCAGAGCAGCUUAGAUGUUUAACUUCAACAUUCUCUUGAACUUGUUAUUCGUUUCCACAUUCUCCAAACGACUCGGCACACGUUAUAGUAAAGACCAAUAAAAUUUUUGGGAAAACAUGUUUGAAAACAUUAGUUUUCUGUUCCUUUUUGCAAUGGCCCUUUCAUCCUGGGCUGUGCUUUGUCUGCAGCAUGCGGUUGAGAUCCAGAAACGCGCUGCCAAAGAUUAUCGCGUAGAACUCUACACAGAACUACCCAAGAUUACAUUUGAGCCAGACGUAAGCCACAAGCCCUCAGUUCCAAGUUCUUUUAGCGAUUCCUUUGAAUUUGCAAAAAGCUUCUGGGUAAUACUCAUACUAACCUUUGGUCUGUCCAAGCUUUUUCAAUUGGCCGAGAGAAAGGCCAAGGAUUACAUAAAGGGCCGCAAAACGAUGAAGUCUGACCACGCGGAUGAUUCUGCCGUAGAGCAGAAACUUCAUCCUUCUCAACAAACUCAAGUGAUGGUGGAAGAGAAUGCAGCUAUGAAAGAGCAGCUAAGCGUUCUCCAAACUCACUGUUUGGAGAUGAGCGAGUUACUGCACGAGCUAAGGGUGAUCAAAAGUUCCAGUAGCCAGGAAAGUGUUCAAUCCGCGGAUGAGAACUUGGAGCAGACUUUGGAGCAUUCCGAAGAAUCGAUGAUGGUUAGGCAGGGAACGGGCUUCUUAGCUGAAUCGGCGCAGCCUCUUUAUGGGAAACCAAAGUCCUGUCCAGUUUUGUCCAGCUCAACCCAGCAGAUCCAGAAUAUCUAUAUCACAAAUAGCCACAUCCACAUCGGAGGGCCCGUUUUCUGCUCGGAUAACAACUUUAGCAAGGAGCUCUGCAAGCAGGCGGCGAUGUACUCUCAAAAGCAAAGCGAGUUUGUCCAAGUGUGGGAAAAGUACAUCGCCGGACCCAAGGAGCGCCCCAUGAUAGCGGGUGUGCGUUGCAACAACAUGCUUCUGUAAGAAGUGCCCCAAAUCUAUCAAAAUACGCUUAAUAAACAUUAUUAGGUUUAAUUUAAAAUGCUAA